GUUGCUGGGAUUUAUCCUGACAUGACCCCCUCCCCUACCACUGCCACCCCAUGCUCCUCCUGUAAACACAGGCUGCCACUGACAGCUCCUCAAUUAUGCCGCCUAACAAUGAGCAGGCAGGGACGGUCAGCCUAAUGAUAUUGUAUGUCACCGCCACUACUUGGCAGAGGUUCUGCUGAAUCAUGGUGAGCAUGUUCUCACAGCCUUUAUAGGAAGCUGCGCGUCCACCGCACGCUCACUGUCUCCGAGCCUGCCCUGGAGAAGGGAGCACAGUUAAGAAAACAAAGCGGAGACCUUGGGACGUCCUGCCUCACGCUUCUCUGUGCUUUCCGUUCCUGUGUACGGUUUUCGGAGAACGUACACUGAAUCCUCCGGCCGAAACCUUUCGGUGCACGUUACAGAUCGCAGGAUCUCCGACCAGAGUCUGACCCGUGUAUGCUUUCUCAGGUCGCAAGAAUGACCUGCAGAAAAGUGACCAAGCUUGUCCUGAGCGUUGAGCAGUCGGAGGGGGUUGGUGCCCGUGUCCGCAGGAGCAUUGGCAGAUCAGAGCUAAGAAAUUUGGAUCCAUUCCUGAUGUUGGAUGAAUUUAAAGGGUGCCAACCAGCAGGCUUCCCGGAUCACCCUCACAGAGGAUUUGAAACAGUUUCUUACUUACUGGAUGGAGGGUCCAUGGCGCAUGAGGACUUUUGUGGACACGUUGGCAGAUUGGACCCUGGAGAUUUGCAGUGGAUGACAGCUGGCCGUGGUAUUGUCCAUGCAGAGAUGCCUUGUACAGAUGAACCAGCGCAUGGAUUACAACUGUGGGUUAAUCUGAGAAGUUCUGAGAAGAUGGUUCCACCCGAAUACCAGGAGCUAAAAAAUGCUGACAUUCCCAAACCAUCAAAAGAUGGAGUAACCGUUACUGUUAUCUCUGGAGAGUCAAUGGGAGUCAAGUCAAAAGUCUAUACAAGAACACCGACUCUGUUCCUGGACUUCAAACUAGAAAAAGGUGCAAAGUUCACCCAGGCCAUACCUAAAGGAUGGACCGCUUUCAUCUACACACUGCAAGGAGUGAUACAAGUUGGUUCACCUGAUGCCCAAAAAAAAAUUGAGGCUCACUACACAGCAGUGCUGGAAGAUGGCGACAAUGUACAGCUGGAAAACAAGGGGGAUGAACUGGCCCACUUGGUUUUGGUUGCUGGAGAACCGAUAAAUGAACCUGUUGUGCAGCAUGGUCCAUUUGUGAUGAAUACAAGAGAAGAAAUUUCCAAGACCAUUGAGGAUUACCACCUCUGCAAAAAUGGAUUUGAAAGAGCUAGUACAUGGAAAUCUAAGAUUGGGAACAAAUAAACUGGAAAGAUUAUGCAAAUUUUUCGAAGAAUUUAUGUACUGACAGUCGAUAUAAAUAGAGCUAUACUCUUAUAAUGGAUGCUUAGGAAUUUGGGCUUUUGUUACAAUAUCUAUAAUAGCAUAUUCUGUAUUUUUAUAUCUGACUCUAGUAUAUCUUGUAAAUGUUGGUGAAGAUACCAGGGAGGAACAUAUGAUGCUCUGUUUGCACUAUAUGAAAUUGAUGUUAUAAAUUUCUAGUAAUAAAACUAUUAUCCCUUAAGCUAAAAAAAAAUCAUAUAUGUUACUGUGUAAGGGAAGCUUACAAAAUCACUGGCUCAGGGGUUAGCACUGUUGCCUUGAAGCACUGGUGCCUCCUGGCUUGAAUCCAACCACGGCAAAAUCUGCAUGGAGUUUGUAUGUUCUGAACAUGCAUAUGUGAGUAUUGGUUCUACUUACUGGAAUAGCUAUAGGGCAGUGUUGCAAUGUACAAUGUGCAGAUUGAGCCAUGGGUGGAAUAUCUUCCUCUAAAAUAAUCCCUUGCUAGAUUGUCUGCCAGGGGUGGACUGGCAACUUAAAGUGGCCCUGGAAAAAAAACUAAAAGUGGCUCAACCAAAUUGACAGAAGUUGGGGAACACAAGUAAGCAGGGCAAACACAAGAAGGCAGGGUGAACCAUACUAUCUGCAAUGCAGGCCACAGGACUCAUCCAGCCUGAGGCCUUAGAUGCUCUCCUGGAAGCCUAGUACGUAUUUCCUAUAAGAGUGAAUGGCUCAGCAGGAAUCCCUAGGCUCCUGUGCCCUCAACAGUAUAAGGCUGUAUCACGGUUCUGAUAAUGGUGAUACAGUUAACAUGAGGAGGGCACCUGUGGUACCCAGACAGAUACAUAAGCAUGAGGCGGUCUCAGGUGGCCCCCCUGGGCAUUAGACCACCGGGAAAUUUCCCUGAAGGGUCUAUGGCCAGUCCACCCCUGUUGUCUCUACAUUACAUGGACUGUUACUUUUGGAGGUGUCACCAUAUAAUGCUUUCAGUUAGAAUCAACUUCCCUUAGUAAUAAGAGAAGAUUGCAGGAGAACCUGGAGACAACCCUUUGUGUUCAGCCCCAUUGUGGGCAAAUCAAGGGCUUGACGUUAAUGCAGAAAGGAGCUGGGCACAUAAUUUUCCUCUUGUCUCCAAGCCUUGAGGUCAAUUUAUCUGCAGUGGAUGUGCUGCCAACCAGCAAGCAUUUUCAAGCCUACAUAAACGCUUCAAUCAGCAGACAAAGUUUUCACCUGCACAUUUACUUGGGUCAAGUAUUGGAAACGAGUGUUUGUAUGAACGUUCAUUCCCAAUAACUGGCCCAAUCAGCUGCCCAUGUAUCUAAACACCCUGGCUAAGAAAGGGUGGCUUAUUGGUGCCCCCCUUUUACACCUCACAUUUGAAGAGAUGCCUCAACUUCCCACAUGAACUUAUUGGCCUAAAAUUCUUGUAUUGUCAGAAGUCUACUGUAUAUAUUUUGUAUUUCACGUGUGAGAGUAUACUUAUAAUGCCAUUGUUUGUGUCCUCAUUAUAAAAAUAAAAAGUAAGGAUAAUUGAAAGCAGUC